AUGGCAGAAGCUUCAUACAAACUAGACAUCGGUGCACCAUGGCCCAUCUUCUCCCGACACCUACUCUGUGCUUUUAUCGUGGGCCUGUGUGCUGUGGUGUGGAGGGUCCGGCAAUCACGCAAGGCUAAUGCCUACGAAAAGACGAAGCCAACUUGCUCGGAAAAUGAGAAAUCUACCAUCAAACCUCUGGAGGGAUUCAACUGGGAGGAGACUGAACCGUUACAAUUUCGCCCAUUCAAAGGAAAAGAAAACUACAACUUGACUAUGGCACUUGAAAACCUCGAUCCAUCAGAGCUGAUCCAGAUGGACAAAACAUAUAAGGACCGAGUUACUCUUCGCAAGUCCGUACUCGACCAAAACCACGACAUCGUGGUGGCAAUCAACAACGAGAAAACCCCAGACGAGGACCCUCGCAUCCGGCCCGCCAUUAACGAACUAUACAAUUUCGUGCUGGAAAAAUACUUACCAACACGAUAUCCGAGCAUGUUCCGUCUAAACGCCGAAGGCUCGCUCUUCCAAAACCUAGUAACAGGCGCAACCUGGCCGACAGCCCUGUCGCCAGCGACGCCAACGAUCCGAGCUCUGGAAAUCCUGAGCCAGACAGUAGACGAGGAUUUUCUAAUUCUACUCCCUGAGAUUUCACCCGACAGCGAGGACCAACCGAGAUAUGUACUGCAGGCAUAUGCGACCUGUUUCCCGGCUGGCUUCAACACGCGCGAGAAACUCGGGUUGCGUUUGUCCGAUAUUCAUGGCCCUGUCCCGGGCUAUCACGAGAAGAUUGGUCGCAGUAUGGAUAAAUUCUUUGCGCGUAUCCAAGUUGGAAAGUUUGUGAAACGAGUUAAUUGGAGCAUUACUAUUGACACGGGCCUGUUUGCUGCUUUCGGUGAAACACAUGCUGUGUCGGGAAAAAAGGAGGAAGCCAUUGAAGUUGGGAAAUUGAAUGUUGACCAGACUGUUCUCCGAUGUGAGCGUCAAACAUUGCAUCGACUGCCGGUGUCCAAGGCUCUUGUUUUUACCGUCCAUACUUAUGUUUAUCCGGUUAGGCAACUUAAGGAUGAGGGAUCUGGUGAGGACCUUGCAAACGCGGUCGAUGGCUUGAAGAGAGGAAAUGUGCCAGAGAUUCAUACUUAUAAGAAGGGAGAUGUGUGGGGAGAGGCAUUGAAGGACUUCCUAAGGGCUUAG